CUAAUUCCAGCCGGAUUGAGAGACAAGAGGCGGCUCGUUCACUAGGCUCGCGCCUUGCGGUCUUUCUUUAGUUCAAGAGGGCGAGCGCUACCAGCCAGCUCCUGCCACUUAAUCCGAGAUACCUUUGACGCAGAGGUACGCUCGACGGCCUCUCUACUCCGACGGCGGCGACCUUGACAGCGACGGGUCAUCGAGUGGUCGACACCGCCGGAGAGGGAGACGAGUGGUCGAGUACUUAUCUUGGCGAUCCGCGGCAACGCUCGCUCGCCUGCAUAGGGGCAAAACCGAUCACACUACUGGUGGUGCCUAUUCAUGCGGCAGCCGAGGCAGUGACAACAAGGGAGAGAAAGAGAAAAGCGCAUGUAUAUGGAAGGAAAGAGAACCAUCAAGCGACAUCACUUUCUCGAUCCACCUUGCAGUAGCCAGCGAGGCAGACGAAAAUGCCGCUGUCUUCGACCUCGCGGCCGCACCAUCGCACGUCGCAUUCAUUCUCCUCUGCCGCGGGUAAUCUCACAAGCGGUGCCAUGGUAGCAGAUGGCUCAUCUCAGCCCACGACGCCCAACGGUCUCAUGUCCAGCCAACGCAACGGCAGUGGCUUCUUUUCCAAUCCCAAUCCCACCAGCUCCUCGUUCCUGGAACGGCACUUCGGCCGACGCCCUCGCACGUCUGGAGGGGGCGGAGCGUCUGGCGCUUCACAGCAGCAGCAACUGCAGCAGCAGCUCGGUCUCGACUCGACCGAAGAUCUGGUCGACUCGCUCCCUGCCUCGCCCGACCAAGAGACGAGCAACGCCAACGGUGGUAGCAACACGGGCGUUCUCAGCCGGCUGGGAAUCCCGAGGACAGCGUACGGCCUGCCACGGAGCAGCUCCUCAUCGCAGGUAUACAACAUCCCUGACUCCAGCAGCUCCCGCAUCUCGUUUCCCUCGAGGCCACAGGUCCCCGCUUCGAACUCAUCCGCGUCGGUAACCCGGCCCCAGACAACCGAGGGACGGGGGUCGCCAAGCUUCUUUGGAGGCGCCGUGCCUUCGAUGAUACGCAGUGGCAGCAGCCAGGGUGGCGAACGAUCUUCGAGCAACCCGAUUGGGAGAAUGUUCCGACGGUACAGCCAGGGUGCCAGCAAGAACAUGCAGGCGGUCGAAGAGGCACGGGCACGGGCAGACCCGGCGUCUCUGCAGAUCCAGCCCCCGCUUUCGCAGCAACAGUCGCGCGGCGCUGGGCAGACGAGCGAUCAUCUGCCUCGUGUCUCGCUGAACGCCGACAACCAAGAUGUCGCUGUGGGGUCCGGGACUGCUGCCGGCGGCCUGCCAGCCUCCGCCACGCUCGCCGUCCUGCCAAACGGAUCGCUGGGCACCUCGUCGCCACAACAAAGCGCUUCUGGUGCAGACGAGCGCAGUGUCGAGGCGCCCGCUGUGUCCGGUGAUGUGUCGCCUGGCGGCAGUGGUGGUGCAAGGGCAGCCGUCGUCUCCUCCUCAUCCUCGUCCAAUGUCCCGGCAACGGCGACCCACCGGCUACGGUUGGUCCCUCAUCUCGAGGCCACCCGUUCGCUCCAUUUCGAGCCCAUCGAAAGGGAGAUGGGCGAGGGCGCAGCCGCCGUCAAGAUUGGUCGCUUCACCGAUCGGGGCGGCGCAGCCGUGGCAGCCAGUGGUGAAAAUGCUGGCAACUCUUCACUGCUGUGGUCGAGCGGCGCAGGCAUCAACGGCGCGGGGAGUACCGUCGCAGGAGGCAGUGCCAAUCCGUCAUCAGGCGCGGCUGGGACAGCAGCUCCCUCCUCGGUAGGUGCCGGGAUAGGAGGAGGAACUGCACCCGUCGCAAGGGGUGGCGCCAUCCCAGCGGCUGCCGGCGGUGGCGGUGGCAGGGUCGAUUCUGGCCGGAUCGCUUUCAAGAGCAAAGUCGUCAGCCGUGGCCAUGCCGAGGUCUGGUGCGAAGCCGGUGGCAAGUUCUUCAUUCGAGACACGAAGUCGAGUUCGGGCACAUUCCUCAACCACAUUCGCCUCUCGGCUCCCAAUCUCGAGAGCAAGCCCCACCAGAUCAAAGACGGCGAUGUCGUGCAGCUCGGCGUCGACUACCAAGGUGGCACAGAAGAGAUCUACCGCUGCGUCAAGAUGAGGGUCGAGCUGAACCGUGGCUGGCAGCGGGGCGCCAACCAGUUCAACGUCAAUGCCCUCCGACAGCUCAGGGCGCUCCAAGGCUCACCCCUGGGCGCCUCUGCCGGUGGUGCGAGCACAGGCUCGGGCAAGGCUGCCGCGCUUCCGACGAACCGACAGUCGAUGAACGUGACGGACUGCUGCAUCUGUCUCUUUUCCGUCACCGUGUGCCAGGCUCUCUUCAUUGCCCCGUGCUCUCACGUCUUCCACUACAAGUGCAUCCGUCCCCUUCUCCUCAUGCACCACCCGGGCUUCUCGUGCCCGCUCUGUCGCACGUUUGCCGACCUGGAAGCUGACGUCGAAGAGGACGAGGCGUGGCAGGCAGCCCUGCUUAAGGAGGCCGAGGCCGCCUCUGCGGCCGAAAAUCCAGUCGAGACAAGUACCGAGGAGCAGCCAGCAGCCGUCGCGGCAGCGGUGGCCCCACAGCCCGACUCGCAAGCAGCUGCCGUGCUGAUAGCCACUGCUGAAGCCAACGAGAUCUCCUCAUCGAUGGCGCCUGCCAGCUCGGGCUCACGACGAUCGGUGUCGCAAAGGCGUAGCAUUGACCAGACAUCUGCCGACAGCAAUCACAGCCGUCAGGCCUCGCAGCGGCAACAACGAUCCCCACGCAGGCACCAGGAGCCAGCCCGGCCGGACACUGCCGUUUCCGCAUCUACCGUUGUCGCCCCUGCUGCACCUCUGCAGUCCUCUUCGCAUGCACCGACCCCGCUGUCUGGCUCAGGCCUGCGAAAUGUCGUCACGCCGCCACCCGACUCGCCAGGGCUGGCGCCCGACGAGCGCGACGAGGACAUGGAGCCAGAGGAAGUCAUGGGUUCUAGCCGUCACCGUCACCGAUCACCGAGCUCGAGAGCAGUGUCAAACCCCAUUGAGAUUGCGAGCCGGCCAUCGCAAGGCCAAAUUUUGGACGGCAUGGCCGCCUCGCCUGGCUUUGCAGACUCGCACACCCCCAUGAACCAGCACUUUCUUUCGACGCUUGCCGAAGCGCCCCCGCCGCCUCGGAGCGCCGUUCGCGCCAUGGAUCCGCCCGGGCAGGGACACUCGCUCAAUGGCGUUGCAUCGGCAGACCGGAGGAUGCCCAGCUUGACGGCUUCGAUGGUCAAGGGCGGGAGUCCCUCGUCGUCGUCCCGGAGGCCAUCGCAGCAGAGCCAACUCAGCGCACGCAUGAUCAACGACCGCCGCGAGAGCUCGACGAGCUCGGCGGCCUCCUACUACCACCACUACCCCAACCAGUCAUCGUCUAUAGAGCACCGGGACAGCGCGGCAGACAUCUACAUGACGCCUGCUCAGGGCAACAGCCCGCCGGCAAGCCAACUUUUGCACGGUCAUGCCCUCGAAGAUGAGGGAGAAGACUUGAUGACACCAUCGACGUCCAACCGGACAUCAGGCGCUUCCAAGGGCAAAGACCGGGAUGCGACGAGGCACGGAGCUGAGAUGGUGGACCCGAGCAUGCCAGCCACCUCUUCGUUCUACGGUGUUAGUGCGUCAUCGUACGGUCUUGACAACAAGCAAGGACGGCGCAGAGGCAGCCAGUCACCCUCGGGCACCGUCGAUGGCACCGCCCCAUCUUCCUCCUCAACCAACAGCAGCUCCCACUCUCCCCACCAGCCAGGCGGCAAGGUGGCAAAGUUCUUCAAGCGGGCCACUAGCAGCAGCAGCAGCAGCAACAGCAAUGCACUAGGCUGAACGUUAGCAUAUUCCUGUCUUCUCUCCUUCUUCUUCUUCAUCAUCCCCUUUCUCCUCAUUCUUUUGCAUCCUUCUCUGUGGCCUAAUUUCUCCGCGUUCUUCUCUGUCCAUUUGUUGAAGCGAUCCAUCGUCCUCUGCUUCGUCGAGUUUGUUCAAAUCGAUAUCCCUCUAUUACAGUGC